GGCUCCGGAAUCGCUGGCGGCGGGGACGCGCGACCCGCGGCAGGACAUGGCUUUCUUGGUCGGAUGCCUGUGGGGCUCCGCCUGUAGGUCGGCGGCGCUGCUGGGUGGCAGGUGGCUCCAGCCCCGGGCCCGGCUGGGGCUCCCGGACACCUGGGGCCUCCCCGCCACGCAGCAGGCCCGUGGCAAGGCGCGCGGGAACGAGUAUCAGCCCAGCAACAUCAAGCGAAAGCGCAAGCACGGCUGGCUCCGGCGCCUGGGCACGCCGGCCGGCGUCCAGGUCGUCCUUCGUCGCAUGCUCAAGGGUCGCAAGUCGCUGAGCCACUGAGGAGCGCGAUGCUGCCGGCGGGAACCCCGUGAAAGCAUUUCCCUCACCUCGGACCUCGCUGGGAUCUGUUUUUGUGGGGAGCUGCUCACACACCCUCUUUGGCUCCCUAUUGCCCCAGGGAAAAUAUCCAGCUGUGCAGCAGGCGUGCAAAAACCCUGUGCACACAAGCAACCUGAAUUUCAGCCACACCCUACUCUGUGCCUGGUGUUCCCUGCCCACCCUCGGACAUGGGCCCUCCCCAAAUUGUGGGGUUGGCCCAGGGGAGGUUUGGAUGGGACUCGAAGGGGGAGUAGAAGUCAGACCUUACCAAGACCCUUUUUACGCUUUCGCAUUAGGAAGAAUUUCGGACAUACCAACAGUCCACAGAUUAAAUAGCACAGCCAGCCCCCGUGUACCCAGAACCAGCUCUGCCCACCGACUACCCAUAACCCGUCCCGUCCCCUUCUGUGUUAUUAUGAAGCAGAUCUCAAACAUCGGGUUAUUCCUUCUGUAAAUACUUCAGGAUGUACCUCUCCAAAAUUAGAGCUCUUUAGAACAUAAUCACAAAAUUGUAUCACACUGAAAAGAAUUAUCCAUAAUACUAAAAUAUCAUUAAAUGUCUAAUAUAUGUUCAAAUUU